GGUGAGGGGAAGAAAGGGAGAGAGGAACAUGGAUAAAAGGAAAAGUAAGACCACUCAACAUCCAGAGGAAAAAGGGAAGGAGACUCGAGGACAGAGGCAUGGCGAAAGAAGAAAGGAGGAAAGAAUUAACAAGAACGCUGAAAGUGCAAGUGGAGAAGAAACUGGAAACGAGAAUGAAGAGCAAGAACAAAGAGUAAGAACGCGAGCAGACUACUUGGACUUCAAAGCUAAAGGCAAACCAGAGGACAAAAAAGGAAAAGAUGAAGGUGACAGCGAGGGAGACAGAGAUGAAGGCGAGAACGGAAAAGGUGGAAGAGGAAGUGAAAAAAGUGACGAUGACGAUGACGAAAGUGAAGAAGAAAGCUAUUCCGACAACGAUGACAAAGACGAAGACGAUGACGACGACGAAAAGGAAAAAGAAAGCUAUUCCGACAACGAUGACAAAGACGAAGACGAUGACGACGACGGAAGGGAAGAAGAGAGCCAUUCCAACGACGAUGACGAAGACGAUGAUGCCGACGAAGUAGAAAUAGAAAGCGGUUCCAGUGAAGGAGACGAUAGCGGAAGGGAAAGAGAAAGCGAUGACAGUGAUGAAGACGAGGAAGGGAAAAGAAGAAACAACUCGAGUUACAAAGCUAAAGGCAAAUCAAAGGACAGUGAACUAAGUGACGAUGAAGAUGAUUAUGAGGAACGAGAAACAACCAAUAACGAAAGUGAAGAUGAAAGCGACAACGGAAAUGGUGAAAGUGAAAGUGAUUACAGUGAUGAUGAUGAAAGGGAAAGAGAGAACGAUUGCGGUGAAGACGAAGAUGAUAACGAAAGUGAACGCGUAAAUUCUCGCAGUGACGAAGACGACGGCGAAAGUAGCUCAGAAAGGGCUUCCAGUGACGAAGACGAUGACGAAAGAGAAGGAGAAAGUGAAUGCGGUGAAGACGAAGAUGAUAACAUAAGGGAACGAGAGAGCGAUUGCGAUGAAGACGAAGACGACAACGAAAGUGAACGCAGGAAUGGUCACAGAGGUGAAGACGACGGCGAAAGCAGCUCAGAAAGGGCUUCCAGUGACGAAGACGACGACGAAAGGGAAAGAGAGAGUGACUUCGGGGAAGACGAAGACGGUAACGAAAGCGAAUGCCGUGAAGACGAUAGCGAAGACGGAGAAAGUGAUUACGAUGCUGCAGACGAAGGCGAUAGCACAAGCGAACACGAUGAACUCGAGGCCGAAAGCGAAGGAAAAGGCGGUUACGAAGACGAUGACGAAGGGGAAAGCGAUGACGAUGACGAAGACGGAGAUACAGAAAGCGAUGAAGAUGACGAAGAUAACGACUUCAGAAGUAAUACAGAAAGAGAUUACGAAAGGAACGAUGGCAAAAGGAAAAUACUAACAGAAACGAAGAACCAAGUAGAGAAAAGAGAUAAAGAAGACGGAAGGAGGAUCCGACAAGUCAAAACAAACAGAGAGGAUGAAACGCGGAACCAAACAGACGAAGCAAAUAUUCGAACGACGAACCAAAAUGGAAAAGCAAAUGGAAGAGAAGGCACGAGGAGCCAAGAAGAUAUAAAUUACGAAGAAGAAACCAAGAAUUACGAAAACAAAGCAAGGAAAGAAGGCACGAGGAACCAGAGAGACGAAACAACAGAAGAGGAGGAAUGGAGGAGACAAGAAAAAACAAAAGAAGGGGAAGAAGCGGCGAAACCAGAAGAGAGGAAGCGAGAAAACAAAAUAAAUCAAGAAGAUGAGCAAGAGCUGGAGGCCAUCGCACCGGCUCCUCAGGGCGCGGGGCGGGGCGGGGGCGGCGGGGGAGCGCAGACUGUCCGCCGCAGCGCCCCCGAGACGAGACCUCCGCAAAGCCGCGAGGACUUCGAGGACGCCAGAAGCCGAAGCUCCGGAGGAACCGGCGGUGACGAUCCCGAAUUCAGACCAGAGGCCUUGGCGGAGUAUCUGGGGCAGCGACGCGACUUCCAAGCUCCCGAGGGCCAGAUGAGAGCUCAGUUCUCUUGGCAAGUCAACCGGGCAUUAGCACUCCUCCCGCAUAUCUUUUGUUUGAGGGAUGAAAAGAUUGCGUUGCGGCCGAAGAUCAGAGUCUGCUCGGCUUAUACGUCGCGCAAUGGGUGCACUGACCGUUCAUCAUGCAUCAACAUUCAUAUCUGCCCCGACUUCAUUUUUGGUGGCUGUGAGAAUGAAGACUGUGGCAUGGGG